AUGUAUGGCAUUCAAAUGCACUCUUCUUUUCUUUUUUUUUUCAUUUCCCUCUUACUUUCCCGCUCUCAAGGCAGUUUUUUCCUUGUUUUCUUUUCUGUUUUUCAGUUAUGCUUUGCAAGGGAGAGAAAUAAGACUAAUAUUUUGUACUCCAAGUGUAUUCCAGUUAAAGGGGACGGGGACAAACGACGGCAACAGCAAAAUGUUUGUGUUAUUAUUAUUAUAGUUAUUAUCAUCAUCAUCAUCGCUUAUCUGCACGUGUCGUACUGUUUUGUACUUUUCUUUUGUAAGAGAAAAGAGAAAGAAAGAGCAAAUCAAAGGGGGGGGGGAAAGAAAAGGAAUGAACAAGAGAACAACUUUUUUGUGUUUGUUUGUGUGUUUGAUAAUGGGCUGAAAUGGAAAGAACUGUCAUGA